AUGUGCUUCUUUGCUACUUGGUCUUACUCUCAGCCCGCGCUGACUGGGGUCGGGGCGUGGCACAACUCUGACUCCGCCCCCGCCGCUAGGCUGCUGGGGGCUGGUCGCCAUGGCGACGAGCUGUACACUACCUCGGCUUUCUGGGCGUCCUAUCAGUUCUCCGCAGGUGAUCUGUCCCCAUGGCCCACACACACCAGUGGCCAGACCAUUCUGUGUAAUCGAAAGCCCUGUUCAGAGGACUACCGGAAGCGAACAGGCAGCUGGCAGCACCAGCCCCUGAACACUGCCAAGCCCAGGUACCUGGAGCAGCUAGAGAACUACCUGCGCAAGGAGCUCCUCCUGCUGGACCUGGGCAAGGAUUCUGCCCAAGAGCUGAGGCUGCAGCCUUACAGAGAAGUCUUUGAGUUCUUCAUUGAGGACUUUAAGACAUACAAGCCAUUGCUGUCCUCCAUCAAGAAUGCCUAUGAGGUGAUGCUGGCCCAACAGAGGGAGAAGAUUCGGGCUCUGGAGCCCCUGAAGGCCAAGCUGGUCACUGUGAAUGAAGACUGUAACGAGAGGAUCCUGGCCAUGAGGGCUGAGGAGAGAUACGAAAUCUCCAUACUGAAGAGAGAGAAGAUGAAUUUGCUGAAACUCAUUGACAAAAAAAAUGAAGAGAAGUUGGCACUACAGAGUGAGGUGAGCAAACUGAGGAAGAGCUUGGCUCAGGAGUACCUGCACUACCUCACCGAGCGCGAUGCCCGCAAGAUCCUCAUCGCAGACCUGAAUGAGCUACGAUACCAGCGGGAGGACAUGUCACUAGCCCAAUCCCCAAGCGUCUGGGGGGAGGACCCCAUGAAGCUAACGCUGGCUCUGAAGAUGACUCGGCAAGACCUGACCCGCACUCAGAUGGAACUCAACACCAUGAAGGCCAACUUCGGAGACGUCGUGCCCAGGAGGGACUUUGAAAUGCAGGAGAAGACCAAUAAGGACUUGCAGGAGCAGCUGGACAGCCUGAGAGCUGACUAUGAAGAGGUCUGCAAGGAGCACGAGAUCCUGCUGCAGCUGCACAUGAGUACUCUGAAGGAGCGGGACCAGUUUUACGCAGAGCUGCAGGAGAUCCAGCGCACCUCCACGCCACGGCCCGACUGGACCAAGUGUGAAGGUGUGGUGAGUGGAGGCCCGGAACGUUGGCUUAUGCUAGCAGAGGGCAAAAACAGCGACGAGCUGGUGGACGUACUCUUGGAGGAAAUAGGCGAGGGGCUGCUCCGGGAGAAAGACUUCUUCUCUGGUCUGGGCUAUGAGGAAAGCACCCCCCCUUUCCUUCGCUUUGAAGGCAGUGUUCCAAACAUGAAGCCAACCAAGAAGGCUGUGGUUGACCUCAUCAAGGAAUUCUGGAAGGAACGUCUUAGUGAGGAGCAGAAAGAGAACUUCUCGGAUUUCUUCUUCAAUUUCCUGGAGCGUCGCUUUGGGCCUGGUGAUGCCAUGGCUUGGGCUUACACUAUCUUUGAAAAUAUCAAGCUUUUCCGCACCAAUGAUAUUAUGAGUCAGUUCUAUGCAGUCUUGAUGGGAAAGAACAGAGAGAGCGUGUACGUCAGGCAGAAGGAGAUCAUAGCCCAGCUGGUGAAGGAGAUGUCAAGUAUUGACAGCCAGAACGAGGGACUAAUUACCAUGGAACAGUUAAGCACUGUGCUCAAGAGCACCUUCCCCUUCAAGAAGGACGAGAGAAUUCAGGAGUUGAUGGAGGCAGGGGGCUGGCAACCUGACAGCAGCAACACAGAUUUGCUCCAGUACCGUUCACUGUUUGUGGAGGACGAGGAAGGACAGAGUAUGCUCUUUGUGAAAAAGCUGCGAGAACAGUGUUUGAAUGAAAAGGACGAGUACUUACAUGAGCUGAAGCAGGAGCUGGGCCUGGAGCUCCGUGAAGAUGUGAACCUGUUCCGCCUACGUGAGGCCCUAAUGAACAUUGAUCCCAGCCUGGACAAGCAGACCCUGAACAGCUAUUUGAGCCAGGCCGUUCAGAUCCCUGUGACAGAACUGCCAGAAGAGGGCGAGAAGGAAAAGGGCAUUGUGGUAAAUGUCAAGACCGUGCUGGAACAGCUUCACAUGGCCGACGUCAGGCGCAUGGGACCUCGAGAACAGGACCCUGCGAGCUAG